GUUAAUUAGGAGGUCUGAAACUAGCCCGGCUCAAUUGCACUCGGGGGUCUUAGUUUCCACAUUUCCACCUCAGUUCUUCCACUUGUUGUCUAAUAUGCGCAUGAACGUGGAUGCAUUCUCAUUUUCUUUUCUCUUUUCUCAGGGCCUGGAAAGAGGACAGUCAAAAGCUCCGGGACUUCUCCACCCCUCCACCCACCCCUUUCCUUAGGACCCAAGCUUUGCCCGAUUCCUCCUCGGAACCCGUUCUGGUUUAUUGCGCGGGGCCUGAAGAAUAAAAGAGCCGGGCUCUCUGUGGGCAUCGCCAUCUGCCUUCUCACCUCCUCGGGCUGCUGGCUGAUCCAGGAAGCUGGGCUGAGGGCAGACUCAGCUCAAUGAUCGUCUUUGAGGAUGUUGGCUUUUGAAAUCUUACAGGAAGGGAGUCACAGCCCCAGCCCAGGAAGAGAUGAAGAGCUCAAGAUGAGAAUGGUAUCUGGGGCCCUCAGCAGGCACCACAGCAGAAGAUCGAGCCUCCGGCGUCCCCCUCAGCCACGACCCUGACCCUGACGAGACUGUGAUGGGGGAAGCUCUUUUGAGACCCAGGACCCCUGCGCUCCCGGUAGGGCACUGAAGGUACGCGGCGGUAACCGCCGAACUCUCCAGAACCCCGUCCCUCUCCCGGCCUUCUAGGACCUCGCCGUGAAGACACUUAAAGCAUCAGACGGAGCUCUGACAGCUCUUCUUCCUUUGCUUUUAUGUCUGGCCCCCAGGAGGGGCUUAAGAAUGGGGACAUUCCUGCCUCUUUCGGCUUGAGGGAGAGAUACAUAUCCUGGUGCGAAAGUUCUGAGCUCUCCAAGAACCAUGGACAAAGACUUACGAAAACCCAACCCCUGGGACCCGAAUGCUAUUGGAGAGGGUCCCAGCUGGAAGGGGCAUCGUUAUUUCUGCUUCAGAUUUAGAGCUAUUGUUUCUGCAGAAUUCCUUGAUUUUCUUUGAUGGAAGGUCCCUGGAUGCCAAGGCACCUGAAGCAGCUGCUUCAAGCUAUCUCCUCACCUCUUCUGGAGAUUCUGGGCUCCAUGAAGAAGCAGGAAGUCGUGGCAGAGGAGGAGUUCAGCCUUGUUCAGGGGGCCGGUUCCCCCACACAGAAGGUGAAAGCGCUCAUUGAUCUGCUGGCUGGGAAGGGCAGCCAGGGCUUCCAGGCUGGACAAGACUUGACUGAGAAUUCUGCUGCCCCGCUUAGCCUCCACAGUACUGCCUAUGAUUCUGGGAUGCAGAAGCAUUUGGAGGUUCUCCUGAGCAGAUAUGGAGUCAGUGUGGACUUAGACCUCCUGUCAGAAAAAGCUGCCUCCGAAAGACUGACCAACUUACUGUUAGUGGAGGGCUUGACGGAUCUCCAACUGAAAGAGCACGACUUCACCCAGAUUGAGGCCACCCGGGGCCAGAGACGGGUGGCCAAAACGAUCCCCCUGGAACGACUCUUCUUACCUCUCUCCAAAGUCUCCAUCCCUCCCCGGAUUUCUGUGACUGUUGGGGUGGCCGGCAUUGGCAAGACUACCCUGGUGGCUCAGUAUGUCUCCAAGUGGGCCCGAAGGGAGAUCAGUAAGGACAUCUCUUUGGUGCUGCCUUUGAAUUUCCGAGAACUCAACAUUUAUGAGAAGUUGUCUGCUGAGAGACUUGUCCGCUCAGUCUUCCCCCACAUCAGUGAAACGGGCCUGACGUGGCUGGGUUCUGGGCAGGUCCUGAUGAUUCUUGAUGGGCUGGAUGAAUUUAAAGUAGCUCUGGAUUUUUCCAACACUGUGGCUUGUACAGACCCUAAGAAAGAAGUCCCAGUGGACAAUCUUAUCACUAACAUCAUCCGUGGAAAUCUCUUUCCAGAAGUUUCCAUCUGGGUGACAGCUCGCCCUACGGCUGCCAGCCAGAUUCCAGGGGGGCUGGUGGACCGGAUGACUGAGAUUAGGGGCUUCAAUGAGGUGGAGAUCCAGGCCUAUUUGAGCCAGAUGUUUCCUGAUAGUCAUGACCUCCCUGGCCAAGUCCUGAGUCAGGUCCAGGCCAACAAGGCCCUGUAUCUGAUGUGCACAGUCCCUUCCUUCUGCCGCCUCUGUGGGACCGUGCUGGGUUACCUGGUCAGGAAUGGCCUGGGUUGCCAAUCCUCAGAAUUGGCACCUCCAAGGACCCUCUCUGAGAUCUACUCGUGGUACUUCAAGAUAGCCCUGUGUGGGGAGGGACAGGACAGAUGGAGGGAAAGCCCAAGGAUUGAGCAGGCUGUCCAUAGUGGGAGGAAGAUGAUGGGAACAUUGGGCCGACUGGCCUUCCACGGUCUCCUCAGGAAGAAGUAUGUGUUUUAUGAACAGGACAUGAAGGCUUUUGGGGUUGAUCUCCCCCUUUUACAGAGCAGCCUAUGCAGCUGCUUCCUCCUGAGGGAAGAGACCCCAACAUCCUCUGCCUACUGCUUCAUCCACCUCACCUUGCAAGAAUUUGCAGCGGCCGCUUAUUACUACAAUGCCGCCAAGAGGGCCAUCUUUGACCUCUUCACGGAGAGUGGCAUGUCCUGGCCUAAGCUUGGCUUCCUCACCCACUUCAAGAAUGCUGUGCAGCGGGCAUCCCAGGAGGACAACGGGCAGCUGGAUGUCUUUUUACGCUUCCUCUCGGGUUUCCUCUCCCCGCAGGUCAACUCAGUGCUGGCCAGCUGGUUCCUGGGGCGGGAUGAACACAACAGCUACCGGGUCCAGGCCUUGGCCCACCUCCAGGGGUACCUCAGGGCUGACACCCCUAUCUCCUCCCGCACUGUGAAUGUGCUACGGUGCCUGCAUGAGCUGCAAUACACAGAACUGGCCAGGGCUGUGGAGGAGGGUCUAGAGAGCGAGAACUUGGCUGGGCUCCUGGACCCCAUGCACCGCUCUGCCUUGGCCUACCUCCUGCAGGUCUCUGAAAUCUGUGCUCAGGAGACCAACCUUACCAGGUGCCUCAACUAUGCCAUCCUCAAGAGUCUGCUGCCCCAGCUCCUCUACUGCAGGAACCUCAGGCUGGAUAACAACCAGUUUCAAGACAAUGUGAUGGAAUUGCUGGGCAGUGUGCUGAGCAGCAAGGAUUGCUAUAUUCAGAAGAUCAGCUUGGCUGAGAACCAGAUCCAUAACAAAGGGACCAAAUCUCUGGCCAGAUCCCUCUUGGUCAAUAGAAGUCUGACUGUCCUGGAUCUUCGAAGUAAUUCCAUUGGACCCCAAGGAGCUAAGGCCCUGGCAGAUUCUUUGAAGAUUAACCGGGUCUUGGUGUCUCUGAGCCUCCAGAAUAAUGCCAUCAAGGAUGAUGGUGCCAAAUUUGUUGCAGAUGCCCUGAUGGUGAACCACAAGCUUUCUGUACUGCAACUACAAAAGAAUACCAUUGGGCCCCUUGGAGCCAAGUCAAUUGCAGAUGCCCUAAAGAAAAACGGGAGCCUGAAGGAACUCAUUUUUUCUAGUAACAGUGUUGGGAAUGAUGGCUCCAAAGCUCUGGCAGAGGCACUGAAGGUGAACCAAAGCCUCAUCACCCUGGACCUUCAGAGUAAUUCCAUCAGUGAUGCUGGGGUCACUGCCUUGACACAUGCUCUCCGCUCAAAUCAGACUCUCCUCAGCCUUAACCUUCGAGAAAACUCCAUCAGUCCGGAAGGAGCUCGGGACAUUGCCAGUGCUCUGUGCAGCAAUCGGGUCCUCCAGAACUUGGACCUGACAGCCAACCUUCUCCAAGACGAGGGCGCACAGGCCAUUGCGCUGGCGGUGAAAGAGAAUCGAGCGCUCAAAUCCCUCCAUUUACAGUGGAACUUCAUCCAGGCCAAUGCUGCCAAGGCCCUGGGCCAAGCACUACAAUCCAACCGAAGCCUGACCAUCUUAGAUUUACAGGAAAAUGCAAUUGGAGAUGAAGGAAUGAUGGCCCUCUCCAGGGCACUGAAGAUAAACACAAGCCUCACAGCUCUCUAUCUUCAGGUAGCAUCGAUUGGUGUGCUUGGGGCCCAGGCCUUAGGUGAUGCCUUAGCUGUGAACAGGACCUUGGAAAUUUUGGACUUAAGAGGAAAUUCCAUUGGGGCAGAUGGAGCUAAGGCCAUGGCGAAUGCCCUGAAAAUAAACCCCAGUCUCCAGAUGCUCAAUCUUCAAGAGAACUCCUUAGGAAUGGAUGGAGCCAUCUGCAUCGCCACUGCAUUGUCGGGCAACCAUGGGCUCCAGCAUGUCAAUCUCCAAGGAAACCACAUUGGAGAAUCAGGUGCCAGGAUGAUCUCAGAAGCCAUCAAGACAAAUGCCCCAAAUUGUAUUGUUGAGAUGUGAGCCAUAAUUUUUGGUGAGACUUUCUGGUGGAUUGAGCAGAAUCAAGGAGAAACCAAGGGGGAAGUCUGAAUGCUAAAAGACUAAGUUUAAACAAGUGAUAACUUGAAUGUCAUGGUAGUUCUAUCGGGAGCAGUUUAUUGAUCCUUUGGAAGGAGCUUCAAAGAGGUCAUCAUCUUCCUCCAGAAAUGAGCAGCAGUACAGGAACAGCAAUUUGUAAGUGCUUCCAUGGAUGGAUUCUGGGAUACAGACCUUGUGGUUAAGGUUUCAGCCUUAACAACAACAGGGGAAAGUGGUUGUCCAUUGGUAAAAUAGCUGUUUGUAAGCUAUUAAAAAUAUUGACCUGACAUGAACAUGAGUAAGAAAGGAAACAUUCCUUGACUCUUCCAAGCAACACACAAAUUUCUAAGAUGUCACAGUUUCUCAAGAAACAUGGGAAAACUGGAGAAGGGUGUGUUUUGAGAUGGUUUAAGUUGUGGGGUUUUGGUAUUAGAAAUGCCAAACUGGUGUUAUUUCUCCAUGUUUUCCACCAUACUAGCCCUAAGUAAAUUAUUCUUCAAAGACAUACAUAAGGGUCCUAAUAGAUUGCAAGCUCAGUAUGUCAGUAGUUUGAAGUGGCAGCACAAAAAAAAGCUGAUGUGAUUUUGUUCUGCCUUAUUAGCAGAAUAAAGGUGGUGGUAGUCUUGAUGUACUCUAGGCUAGAUAAUACAUGGAGUGUUGAACCAAGUUCUUGGUGCCAUACUUUAUAAGAUCUAUGAAUAAUUUAAAAUAUAUCCAGAGCAGAGCAACCAAAAUGGUGAAGAUUUAAAAAAUACCCCCCAGGUCUUUUUUUGGGGGGGGAGGUAGAUCAGGGAUUUCUGUGAUUUCAUCUUAAGUGUGGAAAUUCCUUCCACCAAUACAAGCCCUAUAUCUAACUCAUUUAUAACUUAAAGCCUUAAAAAGACCCCUCCUAGAUACAGAGGUUAAAUAAUCUGCUCCUCAUCCCCUGGCAUAUGUCUCAGAGGAGGACUAAACUCUUUCAGAUAGUGAAAAGAGUCUAGAAACAAUGCCUCCAUUUUUGCUCUUAUGUUUUCCAGAGCUCCACAGGUAAACCACUGAUUACUUUGUCACUCCCUCAAUCCUUCUAUUAAAAUAAUGUCGUAUCGAGAGCAGGUGAAAGAAAGGGAAAUCUUUUGCUUGAAGAAGACUUGGAGGAUGGAGAGACAUAACUGCUAUCUUCAAGUAUGUGAUGGGGUAUCCCAAAGUAGAUGGAUUCAGUUUUUGCUUGGCCCUGGAGGGUAGAAUCUAGUAAAGUGAAUUGAAGUUAUAGGAAAGCACAUAGGAAAAACUUUUAUUAUAAUUUCCUAAUAAAUGGAGUUGUCUAGAAAUGGAAUGGGCUGACACUGUCUGGAACUAGAGAGCUUCAAGAGGAGAAUAAGACUAGUGCUCCAGGUAGGGAUUUGAUACAAUCCCUAAAGGAUGUUUCUAUUCUAGGAUUCUGUCAUUUUGAUCUAACACAAUAUGGGAAUUUAUGAUGUGCUAAACCAUUAUGAAAUAAUGAAAAUCUGUUGGGCCUCAGUAGACCACAAAUGCUACCAGGAAACCUCUUUACUAAAAGCAGUUAUUCUUCAUUUGCUUCAGUCAUGUCCAAUUCUGUGAUCCCAUUUGAGGUUUUCUUGGCAAAGAUAAUGGAGUGGUUUGUCAUUUCCUUCUCCAGCUCAUUUUACAGAUGAGGAAACUGAGGCAAACUGGGUUAAGUGAUUUGCCCAGGAUCACAAAGCUAGUGUUUGAGGCCAGAUUUGAACUCAGGAAGAAGAAUCAUACUGACUCCGGGCCCAGUGACACCUAGUUGCCCCCACAAAAGGCAGAGGGUCUUAUAAAAAAACAUCAAUUCCCACAAAUGGCUGUGCUGCUGGAAGAAAAAUCAGAUAAGACAUCACAGAUCUUAUCAAAUCAAAUCUAUGAGAAUGACUGUGUAUGAAGACUAUGAAAUGAUACUCAUUUAUAGUUUGAACAGGAAAUCAUUAGGGCUGUAAAAAUCCUUAAAGUUAAGCACAAAAAAAUGUAUUGCUUGCUCACCUAUUUCUUUUUUUCCUGAAAGGACAAGUGGUAUUGCAAAUGACAAACUUCUUUUUACAAUGAAGUUGGCAAGAAAUGUUACUUAGGUCUUCAGAAUUAAGGUAUCAAACUAUGUAAAUAACAAACUCGACCUGGGGACUAUAAUAUUCAACCAUCUCUUUUUGACAUGGCAUUCUUUAAAAAAAAUUAUUUUAUUGAUAUAUUUUACCAUAACAAUUCCAAAAACAAUCCUAUAUGCUUAUUAAAAGUGGUUAAGCAAAACUGUCGAACAUAUUGAAUGCAAAAGUAACUUUCUUAACAUUUCUUAACAAAAUUUCUUAACAAAAAAAUAAAAAAUAGCAAGCAUGUGAAA